AACUGCUCGCCUUAUAAAACGUACCACUCGCAAUUCAUUUGUUGACCUUAAAGCGGUUUCCGAUGAAAUUUAUAACGUUAUUAUAUGAAAAUGCAAAACCAACUAUUUCCUGUGAAAAAUUGCAAAUCAUCUUUCUCGUUUAUAAAUAUAUGUAUAUUUUAUUGUCGCUGUUAUUUGGUACCGUCGCCAAGUAAACGCGUCUUUUUGCGUCAUCAAAGGGCGACUGUUAUUCAGCCGUAAACAUCGGGCAGGAAGUCAGAGAGGCAUGGAAAAACACUCCAGCAGCUAUUUAAACCAUUUAAAAAUAUAUAUUUAGAUCGCACAGAGUUGUAUUUUGCACGUCCUUUUCUCGUGUUCAGCGUAUUGUUCUCACGCCACAAAACAAACAUUAAUUUUCGCGCUAAAGGUCGAGCAUAUUAAAUCCUAUAUUUAGGGUUGCAGACAUUUAAUACGCUCGUGACAUUCAGACGGCUGUUAAACGAGUCUAAUCGAAUGUAACAUGUAGUUAGUAUGUCGGAUUACAGUGUGAUGAGGGAAAACAUUUUGUAGCCGCUUUCGGGUCAAAUAAAGAUGGUGCUGUCUUUGGUGAACCUGUGCGCUCGGGAGGUGGUGAGCGACCACGGCUCUUCGCAGUAUUGGUUGAGCUGUGUGCCGCGGGAGCUCUACCGAGCGCUGCUAGACGCCGCCUUCACCCACUGCCGUCCUCUGGCCGUCGGCGAGCUCGUCCAGCGGUGGCCCGAGCGAAAACUGACCGUCGGAGGCAGCAGAAAAGCGGGCGAGUGCCCACCGAACCGCCUCUGCGUCCAGGCUCUGCUGCUGGCUGUGGUCAGGGGUCUGACGGACAAGAGGUGUUGCCUGCAGGUGCUGGAUCUCAGUGGCCUUCAGUGUGAAGAUGGGAGAGUUGAGGACUCGAUGGGUGGAUGGUCCCUCAGCGUUGCCCUUUGCUCAAUGGUGCUACAAGCUCGAUCUGCUGCCUCCAGGGCUCACAGGAGAGAUGGAGAAAGAGAGAGAAAAAGAGGGCUGGAAGCAGAACGUGACCGGGGCACAAUCAAGCGAGAUCGGGUCAAGGCAGGGUGCGGGAAUAGCGGCGAAGGGGGUCAGGGAGGACACAGAGUGGAGGAAGCAGAGAAGAUGGAGUGCAGAACUAAUGAACGCCGGUUUCCAGGAGAUGAGUCAGUAAAGGGUGUCAGGAGGAGGAUGGAGAUCCAGAGAAGGAAGACUUUAUCUGAAGGGAAAUCAAUCACCAGCAGUAAUAACAGUAGUUUAAGCGAUCAAGACUGGGAUGAGGUACUUAUGGUCCAUGUCAGGGCUGACCUUUUUGUCAAUUCCCGUUCCUGGGAGCGUGUCCGUGAUGCUCUUGGUCAACCGGGCCCGCUGCGGCUCCACUGCCGCUACCUCCGUGUGGAGGAACUCUCAGCGCCCUCCAUAGCUACUUUGUUGGGUCUCUUGCCUCAGCAGGAUCUCCUCGGUGUGGACAUCCGCUACUCCAGCCUUGGGGUGUCAGGCCUGGCUAUGCUACUUCCACUGCUGGCUCCAUUUCCUCAGCUGCACUCUCUGAGACUGCAUUACUGUAACCUGGACUUGCAGCGCACGCAGCCUGGCCAGCAGGGGGCACUUCAGGACAUGUCUAAAGGACUGGGUUCGCUGAAAAGAUUAAAGAGAUUAUGCCUGACUGCACUCCGACUGCCAGGACACCUGCGCCUGCUGCUCAGCUCUCUUUCCCAGCCUCUGGAGGUGCUAGAGCUGCCGUACCUGUGCCUGACCUCCACGGACCUGGCCUACCUCUCCUGCAGCCAGCAUGCUUCGUUUCUGAGAGAGCUUGACCUGAGUGAGAACUGGCUUGAUGAAUCGUCCCUGCCCUCUCUGCGCCGUCUCUUAGCUCAAGCCGAAAGCUCUCUGUGCCAGCUUUCACUUUGUGGUUGUGGCCUCUCAGACGCUCUCCUGGGUGUUCUUCUUCCCUCCCUGUCCUGCUGUCGGACUUUACGUAGCUUAAGACUGGCCUUAAACCCGCUCUCUAGAACGGGACUGCUUUCCCUGGCCCGUACAGCGGCAGGAAUCCCUUCUCUUCGUCUGCUGCUCUAUCCCAACCCACUAGAAGAGUAUGAGCCCGGGCUGCCGGCUCUCCCUUCCAGUGCUCAGCUGCUGGAUUGGCCUUUGCUGGAGGAGUCUGAGGGCCGGGACUUGACGCUGAGGUUACUAGAUGAGGUUCUGAACUUGAGAGGACGAUCCCGGGACCUUCUUGUGACCUCUGAUCUUCUAAACUAUAGCCCCGAUUUGACUGUGGAUGAUUAGGGGGUGAAUGUCCCAAAACUCACUCUUAAUAAGUGUGACAAUCAAAACUAUGCUUCAACUCAUCUUUUCAGAUUUUUUAACCACUCAUCGGGAAUUUACUUGUGGUUGCCAAGUUUUUUUUAGGAAUGGCAAACUUAUCUCAUACACAGUCAUAUAAAGUCUUGCUAGAGGAAACCUUUAUAUAGCAUUAUAUUGUAUGCAUCUUUUCAUAUGAAAUGAUUUGAUGUGUUUUUGUUUGCUGAGUUAUGUGUAAAUGGUUUUAUUGCCUUAAAUCAGACUGUAAUAGAGCAGUAUUUAUGGCAAGCGCCAACAAAAGGAACCAAGACGCCACUUAAAUUUUUUAAAACUAAACUUGUGUUGGCUUUUCUGCAUUUUCCAUGAAACCGAAGAAAUAACAGCCUAUAUUUUUU